CAGAAGUGUUGACCAAAAUAUUCGCCAUUCAACUGAAGAGCCAAUUUGAAUUGGAAAAUAGGGCAAGCAAAGAAGCAGCGUAGGUGUUUCCUUCCACGGGCGCUUCUUCUCGCUUUGCUUUUUUGCACACCAACUUACCAAAACGCUAAACGCAAAAGCACCACUCUCACAUGACGACCUUCUUCUUCUUUUUCUUCUCAAACAAUGAGCAACGCCAACUGUAACAAGCCUUCUUCUCCCCAACCUACGAUUAAACAACGUAGGCUCACUCGGCAGGGGAGGCUCCGAUACCUCAGUGACAAAGACGCUGGUCUGCAUUCCACCACUUCUCUACCCGCUUCUCCUCUUCCCUCUUUCAAGUCCGGUUCAGCUUCUGACCACUGGUCUUCCUCUGCGGUUCCGCAACCGCUUCCGCGUCCCGACUCCCCGUUGACUCGUCGAUACGAUCAUCAUCAACUCGGAUCGCCCCCUUUCGAACAGCCUGGCUUCGCUUUUCGCAGAAGGUCGGUGGAUCAUGAUGCGGUGAGAAGUAUAAGGUCUACCAGCAAUUUGGGUAGACCUUCUUUUGAUCCAGUGGCUUCAAAUGCCAAACACGAUUUAAGAGUGAACAUUCCACCUGCAAGAGUGUUGGCAGGCAAUACCAGUUCAUGUAAAGAUCACAUAGAACGCUCUCAAGAUAAUGACUCUGAAAAUGUUUCCGACUUCAGAUUGCAUUUUUCGGCCAAGAGUGCCCCCAACAGCAUAUUCUCCAGCCCUGUUACUAGUCCACGUAGAUCCAGCAAUGUAGAUUUCUAUGAUCCUUCCAUCAUUUUUCAUCAAGAUUUUAAUGACAUUUUGAGAGUGUCACCGGUUAAAACUGCUCAGAGUCCAGACCGGACUCCUCUGCGCAGCUCAGGGAACCUCCUCAAUCCAGAGGGAAGUCAGAGUCAGCUUCAUAAACAUAGCUCAAGAGUGUUGCCUGAAAAUAAUCAUGUUGAUGCACAUCCACUGCCCCUUCCUCCUAGAGCGUCACCACCACCAGCACAGUCAUCUCCCCAGCAUCAACCAAGUAUCGUGCACCUCACCGUAGAUAAUUCGCCUUCAAUGAAAGGUCAAUGGCAGAAAGGAAAACUUAUAGGGCGGGGAUCAUAUGGAUCUGUUUAUCACGCAACCAACUUAUACUCACGUGCAUUCCUGUUGCGUCACAGAGAGACUGGAGCCUCGUGUGCAAUGAAGGAGGUGGAAAUGUUCCCUGAUGAUCCUAAAUCUGCUGACUGCAUAAAGCAACUCGAACAGGAAAUUAGAAUUCUCCGUCAAUUACACCAUCCCAACAUUGUGCAGUACUAUGGAAGUGAAUUAGAUGGCGAUCGACUGUACAUAUAUAUGGAGUAUGUUCAUCCUGGAUCACUUGAUAAGUUUAUGCAUGACCAUUGUGGAGCUAUGACAGAAUCUGUAGUUCGCAACUUCACAAGACAUAUUCUCUCUGGAUUGGCAUACUUGCAUAGUACCAAGACUAUUCACAGGGAUAUCAAAGGUGCAAACUUGUUGGUCGAUGCAACGGGCAUGGUUAAACUUGCGGAUUUCGGGGUUUCAAAAAUUCUGACAGAGAAAUCAUAUGAACUUUCAUUGAAGGGUAGUCCCUACUGGAUGGCUCCCGAGCUCAUGAAGGCUGCCAUAAAGAAAGAAUCCAGUCCUGACGUUGCCAUGGCCAUUGAUAUAUGGAGCUUAGGGUGCACUAUCAUCGAAAUGCUGACAGGAAAACCUCCUUGGAGGGAAUACGAAGGGCCGCAAGCCAUGUUCAAGGUACUGCACAAAUCCCCAAAAAUACCAGAAAAUUUGUCAUCAGAUGGACAGGAUUUCCUUCAGCAGUGCUUCAGAAGGAAUCCGGCAGAUCGACCAUCGGCAGCACUGCUUCUUACUCAUGCCUUUGUACAAAAUUUGCACGAUCAAGAUGCUCUUCUUCAUUCACAAGGCCAAAGCUGUCCCAGAGGAGACCCUGGAUCUGGAGAUGAUUCAAGUAGACAUAGUCCCGCUAACAGUUCAAGAAGUAAUAACCGGGGAGUGCCAGCCUCCAUUGGCGCACGGUUUUUGCAUAAAAUUCAAAAUUUAAUAGGUGACACUUCGAAAAAAUAUGACAGCGAGGAAUCUGAUCAUGUCACUUCUUCUCGUAACUCUCCCUGCUCAAUGACAGAAAUAAACAGUCCUCAAUCUAGUGCCCUCAAUUACAUGGCCAAUUCCAGCAACAUACCCCUCACCACCGUUAUGAGAAUCAUCAGGCACAUUUGAAGCCUGUCACAGCUAAGAUUUGAUUGAAAGUUAGAAGGACAACUAUUAUAUAUAUAUAUAUAUAUAUAUAUAUAUAUAUAUAUAUAUAUAUAUAUAAUUAGAAGCUAGGGGUCCUCUGUGAUAUUGAAAACAUAUCAAGCAGGUUUGGUAAAAGCAAUGGGAAGUUCACAUUCCUUGGAAGUUGCUAUUGUGUAUAUAAUGACUAGAUUAGGUUAGUUGAACCAAUUCCCACGCGUGAAAUUCAUAUGUAAAUUUAAUUUAUUAAUAAUAUUUCCGGAAUAACUCUUUUUUUGGUUUUA